AUGGUUGCCGAGGCAGAUCAUCAGCAGCCAGGCCGGCCGGCCGGCAGGGCGGCGGCGGACCCGCCGGCGGUGCUGGGGCUGCAGGUGUCGGCGCUGAUCGACCACGUCGCCCACGUCGACUGGUCCCUCCUCGAUCGCGUCCCGGGCGACCGCGGCGGCUCGCAGCAGGUAUCUUUUGAGGAGUUGAAUCAUAUUCUCAAUGAAGUGAAUGCUCUCAUCCUUCCUUCCAGCGACGGCCUCUCUCCAGUAAGAACUAUGGCCGGUGGUAGUGUCGCUAAUACAAUUCGAGGGCUCUCAGCGGGUUUUGGGAUAUCAACUGGAAUAAUUGGAGCUCGUGGAGACGAUGACCAAGGUGUUUUAUUUGUCAACAAUAUGAGCUUUAGUGGUGUAGAUCUCACAAGAUUAAGGGCAAAAAAGGGGCACACUGCGCAGUGUGCAUGCUUGGUUGAUGCAAGUGGCAAUCGCACUAUGCGCCCAUGCCUAUCUAGUGCAGUCAAGCUACAGGCCAACGAGUUCACCAGGGAGGACUUCCAAGGCUCCAAGUGGCUGGUUGUGAGAUAUGCACAACAAAAUCUUGGCCAGAUUGUUGAGGCGAUCAGGGUUGCAAAACAAGAAGGUCUCUCGGUAUCAUUAGAUUUGGCUAGCUUUGAGAUGGUUCGCGACUAUAGGUCGCAACUAAUUACCCUUUUGGAGACAGGCAACAUUGACCUUUGCUUCGCCAAUGAGGAUGAAGCUAGGGAGAUCAUAGGGGAAGGGCUAACGUUUGAUCCAGAGGAGGCACUUGCAUUCUUGUCCAAGUACUGCAAAUGGGCUGUGGUGACCCUCGCAUCAAAGGGAUGCCUUGCUAAGCAUGGAAAGCAGGUAGUUCAAGUGCCAGCAAUAGGGGAGAGCAACGCUGUGGAUGCCACGGGCGCAGGUGACCUGUUUGCGAGCGGUUUCCUGUAUGGGCUGGUGAAAGGGCUCCCCCUGGAGGAGUGCUGCAAGGUCGGUGCAUGCAGCGGCGGGUCCGUGAUCAGGGCACUCGGCGGUGAGGUGAGGCCUGAGAAUUGGCAGUGGAUGUACAAGCAGAUGCACGCCGGUGGGCUGGUGCCCCCGGAACUCAAGAACUGAUGAUCCAAAUGGGACUCGUCAUGCCUUUGGUUACUCAAUCAUAAGAAGCUUGUAUUAUGCCAUUGAUUGAUUGUAUCAUUCCAAGUGCUUGCUCACAUUGAUCUCCCAUGAAUGGGAAUGAGUAGGCAGCGAACUGAACUGACGAUGCUUAUCGAAUGAACUGAACCCCAUUAUGAGUAAUAGUGGCACAUGUUCCUCCAAA